GUGGAACCAGCCGUUUCUAAGCCGUCGGGUCCGGCGGCAGUCGCUUCCUCUUCACCUCACAAACCCUGUUCCUCAGAUUCUCCGAAACCUUCCAAAGGACAAAGAAUAGAUUUUUAUUCCGUCCCCUCCUCCUCCUCCUCCUCCUCCUCCUCCUUCCCUUGUAAAAAUCCCAGGACGGGCGAUUCCAGGAUUCCUCGAAAACGAAAUGGGGUCGCGCCGAUUCCUUUCGGCAUGCGGUGGCGACUCUGUCUGAACUGGAACUGGCCAUGUUGCUUUCGUCCUUAUGAGAAAGAUGGUGGUCAGAGCUGGUUCCUCUCCGGUGUCCUGUGUUGCUACUUCUGUUUCUUCUCCCUUCAAGCCCAAGAUUUUCCAGCUCGGCCUAUUAAGAGUGCCAUGCGGAAGCCACCCAUCUGAUACUCACUGGCUGAGUAAUUCUCCAGCUGUCAAGGCUCAUGGUUUCUUCGAUAGAGCAGUCAUCUCGAAUAGAAAGUUCCCAAAUGGGAAAAAUACUUUCUGCGCUACUUCAGUGGGGCAUGCACAAGACAGCGAGGUUGAUUCAGAUGCUUUAGAGGAGACAAAUCUUCUCAUUCCCUCUGAAGAAUCCUCUUCUUCGAGCGGCUUGUAUGUCCCUUUUGAGGGAACUGAUGGAAAACCAGGCCUAUUAUCAUUUUACAAUCGUCCAUAUGGAAGGGAGGACAAACUUCUUACGGUUUACCCACAGGGGAAUCAGAACAACCUACAAUGGAUCCUUGGGCCAGCUGUGCUUGUGACGUCCUUUAUUUUCCCUUCACUCUACCUCCGGAGAAUACUAUGUACUAUAUUUGAGGACUCUCUGCUGACAGAUUUCCUCAUAUUGUUCUUCACGGAAGCUCUGUUCUACUGCGGUGUCGCAAUAUUUCUUCUACUUAUAGACCGUAUGCGAAGGCCUUUGGCGUCUGCCUCUGCAGAUGAAAAGAAGGGGUUGGCUCCACAAUUGGUGCACCGGAUCUCUUCAGUUGCUGCCCUGGUGCUUAGUCUUACAGUUCCUAUGGUGACCAUGGGCUUAGUAUGGCCAUGGACCGGCCCUGCAGCUUCUGCUGCACUUGCUCCAUAUCUGGUCGGUAUUACUGUCCAAUUUGCAUUCGAGCAAUACGCAAGAUACUGCAAAUCCCCUUCCAUGCCUGUGAUACCCAUUUUAUUUCAGGUUUAUAGGUUGCACCAACUAAACCGAGCAGCACAGCUGGUGACGGCCCUGUCCUUUACUGUGAGAGGAGCUGAAGUGACUCCAAACAACCUGGCAAUAAAUAGCUCCUUAAGUACUCUUUUGAAUGUCCUUCAGUUUCUUGGUGUCAUUUGCAUCUGGUCACUUUCAAGCAUCCUCAUGAGAAUUUUUACUUCGAACCCCUUCACCGCAGAAUGAAUGGUGAACAAUUUAGUUGAAAUCAUGAGACAAUCACUUCAAACUUUGUACUUCCAUGCAUAUACUAUCUUUCAGAUAGGGUGGAUGUAAGGCUAGAUAGGAUUAACCAAGCGAAUUUGUAGGCCAAAAAGGUGAAUGAAUAGUUGAAGUGGAGAUUCUUCACAUCAGAAUAGAAGGUUAUUGAAGGAUCC